UCUGUAGUUCAGCUCAUCGCUCACCAUGAAGGACCCUGUGGUCUUCUGCUUUACCUUCCUGACUCUGUUUGCCUGCGUCACGCGUUCGCUGCCUCCUCCGUGCGACAGUGAAAUCUACUGCUCAGGGCCCAUCCUGCAUCAGGUCCAAGAAGCGAAGCUGUUUGAUGAUGACAAGUACUUUGUUGAUAUGAAGCUGAGGUCAGCCCCUGGUGUCGUUUUGGCGGCUUUUCAAAACCUCUCCAACGAGUGGCCAAACUCCGCCAUCCCGACCGAGAAGCUCCAAGAGUUUCUCGCAGCGCACUUCGAGAAGCCGGGGACCGAGUUUGAGACGUGGACGCCAACCGACUGGCACGAAAAGCCCAGGUUCCUGAGCGGAAUAGCAGAUGAGAAGCUGCGGCGGUGGGGGGAACAGAUCCACGGCCUGUGGAAGUCUCUCGGCAGAAAGAUCCAAACCAGUGUCAGAGAUCAUCCAGAGCUCUACUCUCAGAUUUACACACCGCAUCCUGUCGUCGUACCUGGCGGCCGCUUCAGGGAGCUCUACUACUGGGACUCCUACUGGGUCAUCAAUGGGCUCCUUCUGUCUGAGAUGACCGAGACGGCCUACGGCAUGAUUCAGAACUUCCUCUUCCUCGUCAACAGAUACGGCUUUGUUCCAAACGGUGGGCGGAUUUACUACGAGAGGCGCAGCCAGCCUCCCUUCCUCCCGCUGAUGGUGGAGAGCUACUACGAGGCGACCAAGGACCAGCAGUUCCUUAGAGAAGCUCUCCCAGUUCUGGAGAAGGAGUACGAGUUCUGGAUGCAAAACCGUUCUGUUGCCGUGGCGGCGAGCGGGUCAGAGCACGUUCUGAACCGCUAUAACGUGGACGCGGACUUGCCCAGGCCUGAAUCCUACACAGACGACCUGGAAUUAGCCGAAGGACUCCCUGAUGAGCUCAGGCAGCGGCUGUGGAUGGACCUGAAGGCGGGCGCAGAGUCCGGCUGGGACUUCACUUCCCGCUGGUUCGUAAACGGCAGCGGCCACAACGACGGGACCCUGAGGGAGACGCGCACCAGCCAGAUCCUGCCCGCGGACCUCAACGCCCUGCUGUGCCGCAACGAGCGAACCCUGGCCUCCUUUCACCGGCUGCUGGGUAAUGGUGAGUCAGCUGCUCAGUACGACCAGGCUGCGGUGCGCAGGACCGAGGCGAUGGAGGCGCUGCUGUGGGACGCCGAGAGGGGAGCGUGGUUCGACUACAGCCUGGUGACGCGCUCCAAACACUUGGAGUUCUACGCCUCCAACCUGGCUCCUGUUUGGGCUCGGUGCUAUUCUCAGCCCGCCAUGGGGGAGAAGGCAGUGCAGUACCUGAAGGGGAGCGGCGCUCUCAACUUCCCCAACGGGGUGCCCACGUCACUGAGGGAGUCUGGGCAGCAGUGGGACUAUCCCAACGCCUGGCCUCCUUUGCAGCACAUGCUCAUCGAAGGUUUCUCCAAACUGGCUUCGGAGGACGCCAAGAAGCUCGCUUCUGAUUUGGCGCAGCGCUGGAUCAAAACUAACUGGCUGGCUUAUGAAAAAUAUGAAGCCAUGUUUGAAAAGUACGACGUGAACGGAGACGGAAAACCAGGCGGUGGUGGAGAGUAUGAAGUUCAGCUGGGCUUUGGUUGGACCAACGGCGUGGCCCUGCAGCUCCUGGAUCAGUAUGGGGCGACUCUCACCUCGGGAGGCAGGCGUGUGUGCUCUGACCUCCUGCUGCCUCUGGUCGUCUCCGUCGCUCUCAUGCUCCAGUGAAUCAGAGGCGUCAGAAGAACCCGGCCGAGGCUUGGAUUUUAUUUUAGCAUUCCUGUUUUCACUCCCACUACGUCCCACGUGUCCGCCGACAACACUUAACGGACUAACGAGGACAUUCUUACCUCGGCUAAACCUAGAAAUGACAGCAUCAGCUUAAUAGAAUUACUGAUAAUUUGUUUCCUUCCCCUGAGGUGAAAAAUGCUUGAUUUCAUGAGGAGAUUCAAUAAUUUUUGGGCCAGUGAAGAUGAUAAGGGCUUUAACUUUCUUAAAUAUAAAACCAAGAUUAAAAAUAUUUAUUGUACUAAUCGAGUUUUCAUAUUUAUUGAUGUAAUGAAGCUUAGUUACCGCUGAGCCUUUGGGUUUUCUUUCAAAAUAAUACUGUAAAUUAACUUGUAUGAUAAAUAAACAAUGAC